CACCAUCUCCGUUGCCCUCCUGUCAGCCCCGUCCCCCUCCCUCCUUUCCCCUUCACGAAGCCGGCUCCGGGGCGCGCUCACCCUGAGAGGAGGCCAGAGGCCGCACUCGGGAGGCGCUCUCUCCACUCCCGGAAGAUCAUGUACCAGCCCAGCCGGGGAGCGGCCUGUCGUCUCGGCCCCUGCCUCCGCGCCUACCAGGCUCGACCCCAGGACCAGCUUUCUCAGAGGACUCUGCCAUUCCCACCCCUUUGGCCCCACUCCACGACAACCACUUCCCCAUCGCCUACUCUUCUCCGGUCUCCCCCACCCCUACGGCCUCCCACCUGGCCUCUUCCCCUGGCUCCCCCACUACCUCUCCCUCAGGUCCAGGCCCUCAGCUCACCGUGGGUGGUUCUCCCUCCAGGAAAGGGGGAGGAGGGACCAGGUCCUGAGUUGCACAGCGGCUGCCUGGAUGGGCUUAGGAGCCUUUUUGAGGGUCCUCCCUGCCCUUAUUCUGGGGCUUUGAUACCUUUCCAAGCCCCUGGACCUGCCCACCCUUCCCCUGCCACCCCGUCAGGAGAUCCUAGUAUGGAGGAGCACCUGGCUGUCAUGUACGAGAGACUGAGACAGGAGCUUCCCAACCUCUUCCUUUACUCCCACGACUACACACUCUACUCAUCGGACGUGGAGUUCAUCAAUGAGAUCCUGAGCUUGCGUACCAAGGGCCGGACGUGGUACAUCGUAUCUCUGACCCUGUGCCGCUUCCUGGCCUGGAACUAUUUCGCGCAGCUUCGUCUGGAGGUUCUGCAGCUGACCCGCCACCCUGAGAACUGGACGCUGCAAGCCCGCUGGCGGCUGGUGGGGCUGCCUAUCCACAUGCUCUUUCUGCGCUUCUACAAGCGUGACAAAGUUGAGCUCUACCGCUUCAGGGCCAGCCCCCCUCAGCCGGCUGUCUCUCCCCAGGACCUACGAUGCCUACUCGACCUUCUACCUGAACUCCAGUGGCCUCAUCUGCCGCCAUCACCUAGACAAGCUGAUGCCUUCGCACUCACCUCCAACGCCAGUGAAGAAGCUGCUAGUGGGGGCCCUGGUGUCCCUGGGGCUGUCCGAGCCAGAAGCCAACCUUGACCUGUGCUCUAAGGCCUGACCCAGGAGCAGGGGUUGGACUGGCACUUGACGACUGCUACGCACAAGGGAAGGAGGUGGAGACAGCCCAGGAUCUCAGGAGCCAGCUUCUCCCCUCUUCUCUCCUUUCUUCCUUCCAUCUCAUGCUGUGUAAAGCCGCUGUGUAAUUUAACUUGUAAAUAAUAAAGUAUAUGUGACUGUA